AUGGUCUCAAAGUCAGACCUCUUGGAGGCCUAUCCACAGAUACAGGUACACGAAGAUUAUGCACAGUUUUUAACAAUCAGCACACACUGUGGAUUGUAUAAAUUCAAGCAGCUUCCUUUUGGAGUAAAACUGUUACCUGCCAUAUUCCAACAAGUGAUGGAUAUUCGGUAUCCCAUACAUGUUGUAUCUGAUAAUGGAACACAAUUUGUGUCCAGUGAAUUUAGAAAAUUCAGCAAAAUGUUCACAGUAGAACAUAAAACAAUAGCACCUUACUAUCCCAGAUCAAAUGAAAAGGCAGAGCAUUUUGUGGACACUUUUAAAAGAGCUUUGAGAAAAGCAAACAAGGAAGCCACAGACGAAGUUGCUCUACAGCAACUCCUAAAGAUAUACAGGGUAAUACCAAACCCCAAUACACCAGCAGGAAGCUCACCAGCUGAACUAAUGUCCACAAGGAAGGUGAAAUCAGUUUUUGAUAAACUGUUACCUGGCGAGGAAAGAAAAAGUACCAAGAAAGACAGUCUAAAAUUUUUCAAAAUUGGUGAUAAGGUGUACAGGAGGUCAUAUAAAAAUGGAACACAGUACUAG